GUCAAGAUUACAUGCUUGUGAUGGCCUUGGGAACUAUAACCAUGGCAACGUCGUUAUAAUCGAGCUCCUUAUAAGUAUCGAAGAAUUUCUAGAAGAAAAAGAGUUGCUUAGCAGGAUCGAGGGAAGUUAUAGUAUAUCUGAUGAUCUCUGGGGAUGCUGCUGAAUUGCUGAGGAACUGCAGCUCUGUAGCGGAAGUAAAGACCAUCCACGCUCAAAUCUGCGAGCACAAUCUUCACGACGGCAGUGCAAAGAAGAGGAGGAGGUUUCUGGAAAAUCUGGUCGUCCAGAUGUACGCUCAGUGUGGCAGCGUGACCGAUGCCCGCCAGGCCUUCGACACAAUGAGCUCGCGCAAGAACGUCUUUUCGUGGACAAUCAUCAUCUCCGCCUACGUCCGCGCAGAUCACGGCAGCGACGCUCUCCAGCUCUUCCGGACAAUGAACCAAGAGGGCGAUCGAGCAGACGAGGUGACGCUCACUACACUCUUGGGGGCCUGCUCGUCGCUGGAAGAUCUCCAGCAGGGAAAGAUGAUCCACAGCUUGAUCGUGGAGCUCGGCUAUGGGGAACAGGAUGGAGAAGAGCAGGAUCUCAUGGUCGGGAAUUCGCUGGUCAACAUGUAUGCCAAAUGCCGCAGUCUCGCCGACGCCAUCGCCAUCUUCGACCGGAUGAAGAACAGAAGCGUCUUCUCGUGGACCAUCAUGGUGACGGCAUUUGCCCAGAACGGGCAGCUGCAGCGAGCGAUCCAGUGCUACCGCCAGAUGUGCUGCGAUGGAGUGGAUCCCAACGCCGUGACAUUCGUAGCGCUCCUGGCCGCGUGUUCUAGCGGUGGAGAGCUGGCUGCCGGACGGAAGAUUGCCGCUCGCGUCGAGGCCAGUGGCCUAGACUCGGAUCUUAUCGUUGGAAGCGCGAUCGUGAAUUUCUACGGCAAGUGUGGGCGACUGGAUGAAGCGCGCGAGGCCUUCGAUCGAAUGCCCGCUAAGAACAACGUGACUUGGAACGGGAUGAUCGCGGCCUACGUCCAGAGCGGCGCCGCCACCCAAGCAAUGGAUCUCUUCGCCACAAUGGAGGAUGAGGGAGUGGUGCCGGACGCGAUGGCUGUGAGCAGCAUUCUAGGCGCUUGCUCUGGGCUCGAAUCUGGGAAAAGAAUCCACUCGGCAGUGAUCGAUCGCCGCCAGGAGCUCCAGUCGGAUCGAGCAGUUUGCAACGCGCUCGUCCACAUGUACGCGAGGUGUGGCAGUCUCGACGAUGCAAGGCUCGUGUUCCUGGCGAUUCCUUCCAAGAACACCGUGUCGUGGACGACGAUCAUCGCGGCCUUCGCUCAGCAAGAGAAUCGCGAUGAUAUCGAAGCUGCUUUCCAGCUCUUCCGGGAGAUGGAUCUCGACGGCGUUGCUCCCAGCGAGGUCACCAUCUUCUACGCGCUGGAAACUUGCUCCAAGAUGGAUCGCGGAGGACUGGCCAGCGGACGAGCGCUCCACACCGCCAUGGACACCGCUGGAAGAGUGGAGCUUCUUUCCAGCGUCGAGGUUCUCAACUCGCUGCUGGAUAUGUACGCCAGCUGCGGCAGCUUGAUCGAUGCCGAGGCAAUCUUCUUCGAUCAUCUCCUCGGCAAGAACGUCGACGUUGUCUCGUGGACGAACAUGAUUGCGGCUUACGUCCAGCAUGGCCAAUCUUCCUCGGCGCUGCUACUCGCAAAGAAGAUGGACCUGGAAGGAGUGAAGUCGGACGAGAUCGCCAUGUCCACCAUCUUGGGAGCUUGCACCGCGCACCAGGCCACCUCUCUCGGGCGAGAGCUCCAUCGCCGGGCUCGAGAGCUCGGCUAUGCCUCAAAUACCAUCGUUGGGAACGCGCUAGUCUUCAUGUAUGGCAGCUGGGGGAGAGUGGACGAUGCCGCUCGAGUUUUCCAGGAGCUCAAGAACGCAAACAGCCCCAACUCCAACACUUUCACUGCGAUGAUCGCUGGCUAUGCCCGUCAAGGCCGGACUUUGCAAGCUCUCUCGCUGUACAACGAGAUGAAUCUCCAUGGGGUCGAGCCCAGGGACGCUACCUUUACGAGCAUCUUCCAGGCAUGCAGCCACGCGGGGUUUCUUGCCAAGGCCUUGGAGCACUUCGUUUUCAUCUACGACUUCCAGGGAUUGGAGCCGACGGCCGAGCACUUUGGCUGCGUGGUGGACUUGCUGGGACGAAGUGGAUUCGUGCGAGAGGCUGAAGAGCUUGUGCUCGCCAUGCCUUACGAGCCGGACAUUGUCGCAUGGAGAUCACUGCUAGCGUCGUGUGGUGGCUCCGAUCAAGGAGCGAGCCGGAGGGCCGCCGAGGAGGCCGUCCACUUGCAACCGUCUGGCUGUUCUUCGCACUAUGUUCUCCUCUCCAACCUUGUCAAAACGGUUGGUGCUCUCAAUCAUCAUCAUGAAAAGAAUGCUUACCUUUGAGCUUUGGUCCGAAAUAUGAAAGUCUCUGCACAUUAAAAAGCUUUUCCAUAGCUUUAGAUCA